GUGGCCGCGCUGGUGGAGGGCCUCUGCGGGGACCGCGGGGCGGAGUCGGAGCAGACCCUCGCGCUGGCGGCGGUGCUGGCGGCGGAGUCCGAGAGCGCCAUGACUAGUCGUAGUGGACGCGUCCCUGGGCGGCGGGUGCUUGUACGUUUCGAGGGUGACACGUACUCUCACGAGAGGCUGCUGCUGUGGCCGACGCGGAAGGAUAGUCGGUUCGAGGGUUGGGUGAUUCUCACUGCCGAUGACGACUUGCAUAUAGAGUGGACAAAGGACUGGGUGUGGAUCUACGAUCUGACCGAGGCCCCGCCGGCCGAUCUGAGAGGGGGCGUCGUUCGCUUCCGAGGGGCGAUGACCGCAGGAGAGGUGCUGGCUCGCGUGCUGGAAGGGCGCGACGAGGCGAUGAAGUACCGGGCGAAGCGGGGCCUGCCAGAACGUUUGGGAGGUCGGUUUGGCGAGGGGCCCACCAGCUUCUUGGACUGGAACGGGCGCGAGCUGGUGGUCGAGGACUGCGGGUUCGGGCGUGUCAAGCGGAGGCUCACCAGCAAGGGCGUGAGCUCGGAGCUGCGUGCUGCGGAGGCGAGUGGCGACGAGGCCGCGACGCGGCCUGUGCUCGCGGACGCGGCGGACGACGGCGUUGAGGUGGUCAACUCGGUGGCGGCUGCUCUGGUGCCGUCCGACGGCUCGGCGGGGCCGAGCGGACCCAGUGCGGGUUCGGGAGGCAUGCUCGGCGACUGCGUGUACGUGGUCGCGGAGGUGAGGGCGCCCCACGGCAUGAGGCUGGGAGAUCCCGUCGUAGGAGGUCGAACUGUCGGGCAAGGCAGUUUCCGGGCACUGGUGCAGCUGGAGAGCGGGGGGUACGUGAUGUGCGAGAGGGUGCCGACCGAUUCCGUGGAGAUCUGGCGACGCGCUGCUAUCGAGGCGGCGUCGGAGUACCGCCUCCCUCUGCCCCCGUCCGGGGGUGAGCCCGGGGCUGCGCGGGAGAACGGUGGCCGGAGCGGCGACCUGCGCGCGGAGUUCGCGGCGGCGGACACCGGGGCUGAGAGGACUGGGGGUACGGCGACGCCGCCUGCACAGGAGGCCGAGGCUGAGGGCGAUGCUCGAACGCUCUGCGUGGAGUGGACCGCUGAGGGCGCGCGAUUCAAGUCGUGGAGGAAAGCCGUGGACGAGAGCUCGCAGUUGACCUUCGAGGGAUGCGAGCUCCGAGGUGCGAACACCUGUCUUCAUCUCUGCCGGCGCUUUGUCCAGCAUACGGGCGAUCCGAAGAUGUGGCUUCUGACGUUCUGCAGGGAGCACGGCAUUUCAGUGAAGGCGUCCUGGGAGAGCGCUCGGUACUUGACGGGCGUGGUGGACCCCUUCGAUGUGGUGAGCCCAGAGCUGCGGUCCUUCGCCAAUCGGGCUGCCAGAGACGAGGCUGAGAGGCAGGCGGCGGCCGCGCGGGGACGCGUGGCCGGGGCUCGGCAGGAGCUUGAGGAGACGGGCGCGGCACUGGCGCUGGGCGGGCUGCCCGGGGCCAAGGACGACGCCAGGGGCGCAGCUGCCAAGGCGAAGGCCAAAGCGAGGGCCGGAGCAGGCGCGGUGGACGAGGCCGGCGGCGCGGGCGAGUACUUCCCGGUGCCCGAGGUGCAGCAGCUCGACCCCGACAUCGGCUUCGGGCUGACCAGGCGAGAGAAGCUGCGGGUGAGGAGGCUGGCGAAUGACGCCAUUGAGAGCUUGAGUUGGAUGCAUGGAGCGCGGUGGCGCGAGGCCAGCCGCGCGCAGCCGCGCCUGGCAACCUACGACAAGGUGGCUGGAUUGCGGCGGGACACGAAGCGGCGGGCGCAGCUGGCCGCGGCUGGCUGGCGGCGCUCGAGCAGCGCGACUUCAUCGCAGCAGGCUCUUGCACAGCUGCUGCGGGGUCAUGGCCCCUAUGCCGAGACCCGAGCUAACCUGGCCUCCUUCGUGCACGACCGGCUCAGCAUCCCUGAGGGCGUCAGGUCGCCCGAGGAGGUGGCCGUACUCGACAAGGCGCUGGGCCCAGUGCGACCCUACACUGACCCCGUGCUGAAGUCCAAUCGGAAGGUGUACCUGGGGCUGGUCAAGAGGCUCCUACGAAUAGGGCUGGUGCGACUCAGUGCCAGUAAGAAGUGCGACGUGGGCGUGUUUGUGGUAAAGAAUAAGGACUGCUUCCACAGGUUGAGGUUCCCGAAGGAGUCGAAGCUCGACGAGUACUUCACCUAUCCCGAGGUGUGGGCCUCCGAGCUCGGAUUGACCUGGUGGGAAGGGCGACACGUUGAGAAGGACAUGUUGUUGUACCCGCUCGCGCAGUCCCUCCCCAUGGGCUGGGCGUGGAGCCUCUACUUUGCUCAGGAGGCCAACACCCGGCAGAUAGAGAUGACCAAGGAGCUGAGGGACGCGCACCUUCUUCAGGAUCGUGGGCUGCCUCUGGUGCUCCAGGGAGGGGGAGGCGACGCUGGACGAGGCAAGUACUGCUACGUCGACAACUUGGGCGUGCUGGCCGAUGAUGAGGAGUACGUGCGCAAGGGACUGACCGCGGUGACCGAGACCUUCGGGAGCCAGGGGCUGGCGGUGCACAAAACGGAUGUGGCCUGUGAGUGUGGGGUGGUCCUGGGCAUCGAGGUGGACGGAGCUCGGGGUCGGACUCGACCGACGGCCAAGAGAUUCUGGCGCGUGCGGGACUCCAUCCAGGAGGUGCUGCGGCGCGGUGUCUGCAGCGGGCAGGAGCUCGAGGUCCUGGUGGGCCAUAUGACGUUCGUGGUCCUGAUCAGGCGGGAGCUGCUGUCCAUUCUCCAAGGCACCUACAGGUUUGUGAAGAAGCUGUACUAUGAGAAGGCGCCGCUGUGGCAGUGCGUGAAGGAUGAGCUCAAGGCCUUCUGCGGUGCCAUGGUUUUCUUGGAGGCGAAGUGGGAUGAUCAGUGGCUGCCAGGCGUCUACCAGACCGAUGCCUCGCCAUGGGGCUUCGGGGUGGCCUACUCGCAGUGGCCUGAGGCAGCGGUCGCGGACGCUGGGCGAGUGCCCGAGCGCGCCCGGUUCCGCCUGGGGGCCGAGGCCGCGAGGAGCCACGCUUUUGCUGCUGCAGGGCUGGAGGAGCGCGAGGACGGGCUGCUGCAAGCUCGAGCCAAGCCUACCAAGGACGAGGCGCUGAGGUGGGAGCGCGACAGGUCGUUCCCGGAGCUGCCAGCUCAUCUGCUACAUGGAUCCCGGUGGAGCACAGUGAUGGCCGACAAGUGGAGGUACGAAGAAGGGAUCAUCCACCUGGACGCCCGGGCCGCGCUGAAGGGGAUCGAGCGCCUCGCCAGGAGCCGACACGGACACGACGCACGAGCCUUGUUUGUGGGAGAUAACCUGGCGCUGACCCUGGCGCUGGGAAGGUCCCGCUCAAGGGACUUCAAGCUGCUGACCCUUAUCAGGCGGGCUGGCUCUCUCGCGUUGGCGCGAGGCCUGCGGCUGGUUUUCCGCUGGGUGCCUUCAGAGCUGAACAGCAGCGACAAGGGAAGCCGAUUGUUUGACAGGGACUAUGAUGAAAAGAAAGAUGCCACCUGGUCGAUGAGGUCUACGAUGACGAACGGACUCAAGACGGGCAUCAAGAUGGCGAGUCAGAUGAUCACGAGCAUGAUCGAGACGGACGAGAGAGUGCAGCGGGGCGCGGUCGGGCGAUCGCGGACGCUGGCUGCAGCCGGAGAGAAGCAGGGCCGCGCGCGGAGCCGAAGCUCGAGGCGCGCCCGGACGCUGACAGCGGCGAGGGCGACGAGCCUGCAGUCGCGGCUGGAGGCGCCGGCGCUGGAGCCGAAUGGCUCGCUGGAGGCGGAGGCAAGGGUGCCAGCUCGGGCCGCAGACGCCGGCUCGACCGUCGGGGACGAUGAGAGCGACUCCGCGUCCGAGGAGGCGGUGGCCGAGGCGGACCGCAAGGAGGAGCGACUGGCGCGACAGCGGGCGCGGCGGCGGGUGGCGCGGAUGGCCGAGGGCAAGACAACGAUGCUCCCUGGCCAGAGCUACCUAGAGGCCGCGAGCGUGUCGGAGGCCAACAGAGUCCGGUAUCGGUCGUUCGCGCAGGAGCUCCUGGACUUCGCCGACCGGGAGAGCAUGGCGCUGUGCGAGGACGGCGAGGUGGACGAGUGUCUCGUGGCGCGGAUGAAUUUGAGGUACCAGCUCGGGGACCGCGUGUGGCGAGGCGAGUACAUGGUGGCCGCCAUGAUGUUCGCCUUCCCGAGUUUCGGGCGGGGAGGCAGCCGGCACGUGCCACGGACUCUUCAGUGCCUCAGGGGGUGGGGGAAGCUCUGCCCGAAGUUCAGUCGGCGGCCGCUGCCUUGGGCGGUGUGGUCCGCGCUGGCGCUGGAGCUGCUGCGAAGCGGGCACGGGCGCGCAGGGUCUGGAGUGCUGCUGAUGGUGGACGCCUACCUGAGGCCGUCAGAACUGCUCAGCCUCCGGCGGGGCUCCUUAGUCGCCCCGGCGCGGGGCGGCCCGACAGACUGGAGCCUGCACCUCUUCCCCCAGGAGGAGAUCAAACGGAGCAAGGUUGGGGGCGCGGACGACACGGUGGUGAUGAAUUCUGAGAGAAUGCGCUGGGCGGACUCCGUGUUCGCGUACCUGGCCAAAGGCUCGUCGGCGGAGAAGCUUUUCCCGUGGGACUACCAGCAAUUCGGUCGACUGGUGCGUGUAGCAGGAGACCGGCUGCGGAUCCCCGUGGUGCCUUAUCAGGCGCGGCACAGCGGGAUCAGCCUCGACCGAGCCUUCCGUCUUCGAUCCCAGGAAGAGGCAAUGAAGAGGGGGAGGUGGUCAUCAUUUCGCUCGAUCGUGCGCUACGAGAAGACAGGACACCUGAACGAGGCGUGGAGGAGGCUGGACCCCGACGUGCAGGCGUUCGCCCUCGUCUGCGAGGAGCGCCUGGAGGAUGUGUUCCUGCGCGGGGCGCCGUUGCUAGCGCGCCCGUGCCCGUAG